AUGGGGGAUAAGGUGCGGUGGCCUAAAGAAAUGAAAUCAGAUCCAAGCAAAAGAAAUCCAGAUUUCUGGUGCGAGUUUCAUAAUGAUCACAGCCAUAGAACUGCAGAUUGCAGACUUCGUCAAGGAGAAGUCGAACAUUUGUUGAAGCAGGGCUAUCUCACAGAUUUGUUCAGGGGAGAUGAGGUCAAUGGUGUAACAUAUACAACUGCAAAAAAUAUGUCAAAAGUCACGGUUGUCUUAGAUGGUGGCAGUAUAACAUUUGAUGAUGAAGAUGUGGACGACUUGAUGAUUCCUCACAAUGAUACACUAGUAAUAUCUCUACUUGUACGCGAUACUAACGUAAAACGAGUUUUGAUUGAUCCAGGUAGUUCCAUAAAUAUCAUUUUAUUGAGGGUGGAAGUAGUCCUUACCACGUUUGCAGAAGGGGUUAUCAAGGAUACAAAGUUCCUGGUGAUAGAUGCAGACAUGGAUUAUAAUAUAAUUCUGGGAAGACCAUGGAUUCACGAUAUGGAUAUUGUACCGUCCACAUUGCAUCAAGCUAUUAAAUUUCCAUCACGGUGGGGAAUUCGUCAAAUCCGUAGAGAUCAGCAGGCUUCUAGAAGUAUCAAUUCAAUGGUGGUUGCAAGCACGGUAACCGAUGUUACAGACGAGAAAUAG